AUGAAAGCCAAGUACUUGCAAGAACAAGAUGUUUUUAGUAAAUAUUUCGUAUUACCGAAUGUUCCAUAUCUACCUAAACCUCGAAAGAAGGGAAUUGUCAGGAUAUCAGGAGUAUGUGGAGUAAUCAGUCAUCUGAAAAUGUUUGAAGUACAGAAUGGUGUAAUUGUGCAGGGCACUGCAAUUGAAUGCGAGCUGAGAGCUGCAUUUGAAAAAUAUGGACAUAUAGUACAGAUACGUGUAUUUAAAAGAUACUCAUUUGUUGUAUUUGAAAAACAUGUAGAUAUAAGUUUAAUAUUUGGAAUGUAUCAUGGCAUCGGUGACAAACAAAUGUAUGUGGAUAAGAUAAAGCAGCAUGAUACAGGCUUUAUGCCUUUGAUGUAUAGAAACCGAGUCGAUUUAUGGCACAAUCAUAUAAAUAAAUUUGAAUGA